AACCUCAUCCUGAGCCCCUACUUCAGCCCUCCACUGGGAGGAGCUGGGUGAGGAAAGUCCAGCCCCAUUAUGUAAUCCUGUGGCCAGGACCCCAGGGGAGGCCAGCCCGGGAACAGGUGUUCAGCCCCUCGCUCAACAGCAACAGUGAAAAUCUGCAGCUGGAGACCAGCCUUGGGAUAGGCCCAGUAUGGAAGCACUCACAGCACUGGAGGCAGCCUCAGAAUCCACACUGAAGGUGGGAGUCAUCAACCCAGCAGAUGCCGAAGGUGGACGGGUGGUUGGCGGCUCCCCGGUCCAGCUCCUACCCGCUGUAGAAGAGCACCCCAAGAUCUUGCUACCUCGGGCCCUGAGACAGACCUAUGUCCGGAAGGUUGGGGACACUGUGAACCUGCUGAUUCCAUUCCAGGGCAAGCCCCGACCUCAAGCCACCUGGACUCACAAUGGCCGUGCCUUGGAUGCCAGUCGUGUGAGCGUGCGGAAUGGGGAGCGAGACUCUAUCCUCUUCAUCCGAGAGGCCCGACGUGCUGACUCGGGUUGUUAUCAACUUCGUGUGCAGCUGGGUGGUCUGGAGGCCACAGCCACCAUUGACAUCCUGGUGAUCGAGAGGCCAGGCCCUCCUCAGAGUAUUAAAUUGGUGGAUGUCUGGGGCUUCAACGCGACCCUGGAAUGGACACCUCCCCAAGACACAGGCAACACAGUACUCUUGGGAUACACGGUGCAGAAGGCUGACACAAAAUCAGGGCUGUGGUUCACAGUGCUGGAGCGUUAUCACCGGACCAGUUGCACUGUCUCCAACCUCAUUGUGGGCAACUCCUAUGCCUUUCGUGUCUUUGCUGAAAACCAGUGUGGACUCAGUGAGACAGCCUCCAUCACUGCCGAUCUUGCCCACAUCCAGAAAGCAGCUACUGUUUACAAGACCAAGGGGUUUGCCCAGCACGACUUCUCGGAAGCCCCGAAAUUUACCCAUCCCCUGGCAGACUGCACUACAAUCAUGGGCUACGACACCCAGCUCUUCUGCUGUGUCCGUGCCUCUCCCAGGCCCAAGAUCAUUUGGUUGAAGAACAAGAUGGAUAUCCAAGGCAAUCCCAAGUACAGAGCCCUCAGUCAGUUGGGAGUCUGCUCCCUAGAAAUCCGCAAGCCAGGUCCCUUUGAUGGAGGCAUCUACACCUGCAAGGCAGUUAACCCCCUGGGGGAGGCAUCUGUGGACUGUCGAGUAGAUGUGCAAGCUCCUCAUUGAGGCUACCCAAGAGGACAUGAUGCCCUACCAAAGCACAUAUACUAGAAAUGAAAUCCAGAGGUCCUUGGAGAGUGAUGGUAUGUACCUAACAGCAGGCCCUUGGGGAGGGAGUUGGACAGUUACUGCAAGAAAAGACGCCACAGGAACCGUUGAAAAGUGAUGGAAUUGAUAAAUCACCCCAUCUUGGGGUAGCAAGAAGGUAAGCACAGAUGAAGCUGUCUUUGACAAUUAAAUGCUCCUACCUCAGGAUUAUAAGCAUAGUAAAAUACAGAUUCGU